AUGGAAUUUGGGAACCCACAGUCCGUUCCUCUUUCUACCACCUAUGGUAUUCACAUAGGAUUAAUCCUAUUUCUGUGUGGAAAUGAGUGUAUUUUUCUGGUAGCUGAAGUGGUAGAAAUCUGUGCUUUUGAACUGAAAGUCACAGGCUACAGAGUGGUUCUUUUACUGACUGGUUGGGUCAACUUUGUAGUGUGCCAACUGUUUGCCUUGCUUGCGGCUGUUUGGUUUCGAACGUACCUUCAUUCAAGCAAAACUAGCCCAUUUAUAAGACAUGUUGUUGCAACUCUCUUGGGCCUUUAUCUUGCACUUUUUUGUUUUGGAUGGUAUGCCUUACAUUUUGUUAUACAAAGUGGAAUUUCCUACUAUAUCAUGAUCAUAAUAGGAGUGGAAAAUAUGCACAAGUAUUGCUUUGUUUUUGCUUUGGGAUACCUCACUGUGUGCCAAAUUACUAGAGUCUAUAUCUUUGAUUAUGGACAGUAUUCUGCUGAUUUUUCUGGUCCAAUGAUGAUAAUUACACAGAAGAUCACUAGUUUGGCAUUUGAGAUUCAUGAUGGAAUGUUUCGGAAAAAUGAAGAUUUGACUCCAUCACAGAGGUGCUUGGCUGUAAGACGCAUGCCAAGUCUACUGGAGUAUUUAAGUUACAACUGUAAUUUCAUGGGUAUCCUGGCAGGCCCGUUAUGCUCUUACAAAGACUAUAUUACUUUCAUUGAAGGCAGAUCAUACCAACUGCAACAGUCUGAAGCAAAUGGGAAGGAAGAUACCAAAUAUGAACAAACGGAUCCUUCCCCAAAUAUAGCUGUGGCACAGAAGCUCUUAAUCUGUGGACUGUCCUUACUCUUCCACAUGACAAUUACAGAAACUUUGCCUGUGGAAUACAAUAUUGAUGAUAACUUCAGAGCUACAGCAUCAUGGCCCAUAAGGGUUUUCUACCUGUAUGUGUCUCUUAUGGCUGCCAGACCCAAGUACUAUUUUGCAUGGACUUUAGCAGAUGCAAUUAAUAAUGCAGCAGGGUUUGGUUUUAGAGGCUAUGAUAAAAAUGGAGUGACGCGUUGGGAUCUAAUAUCAAAUCUGAGAAUCCAGCAAAUAGAGUUUUCCACAAGUUUCAAGAUGUUUCUUGAUAACUGGAAUAUCCAAACAGCUCUUUGGCUUAAAAGAGUGUGUUAUGAGCGCGCCACCUUCAGCCCAACGAUCCAAACCUUCAUCCUUUCUGCCAUCUGGCACGGGGUUUACCCAGGAUAUUACUUAACAUUCUUAACAGGAGUACUAAUGACACUAGCAGCACGAGCUAUAAGAAACAAUAUCAGACACUAUUUUGUUGACACUCCUGCUGUUAAACUAUGUUAUGAUAUUGUAACGUGGAUGGCAACUCAAGUAGCAAUAAGUUACACAGUCGUGCCAUUUGUAUUGCUCUCUGUAAAACCCUCUAUCACCUUUUAUAGCUCCUGCUAUUUCUGUCUUCAUAUUGCCAGCAUCCUGGUGUUGUUGGUAUUUCCACUGAAAAGAACUCAAAAAGGAAGUAAAAGGCAUGAAAGCGUCCAGCCCGUAUGGUCCAAAAAACUAGAAGAAGAAAAUCUUUUGCAAAAGAACAGUUAUUCCACAACAAAUAAUAGUUUCAGUCAGAAGCAAGAAAUAACCUGCAGAUAUCAAGCAUUGAAACAGUGAUUGAGGAAAUACUAUGAUGAAUAUAUUUUGUAUGUUUUCAGAAACCCAUUUUUAGCACCUUUUAAAGGGGUUUGUAUUUGUUUGCAAAGAUGUUUAGUAAGAAAAGAAUGCAUUACCUACCUAGGAAAAAUCACAUACAAUAGCAAGACUGGAAACAAAACAAAUUAACCCCUCCCAUGCCAUGUCCCUGUGGGUCACGCCUUAUACGAAGAUAUUACCAUUAUUUCAAUGGGCACUCAGGACUUGCAACGUAUGUCCAUAGGGUCAUAUGUGUGCCCUUUGCUGAAUGUACGUUGUAUCCCAAGGCACUGAUGGGGUGGAAUAAAAUUGUGUCAAUCUAGGAUUAACAAAUGGAAAUGGAUUUUUCCAAAUGAAUGACUUGCCUUAAACCCUCUAUUUACUGAAAUAUUGUUUCUAAGUGGGUAUUUCCAAGUUUGAUUUUAUGUGGAAAGCGUAUUUCAAAUAUAUAAUACUAUAUGCUAUAAAGAAGAUAAAAAUAGGAAACACAAAGUCAUUAGAAGGCUUUUGAAUCUUUAAAAGGGAAUUGCAAUAAGCAUCUCAGUAUUUGGAGGGUUUUCUUAAAGUAUGUCAAACUUUUACAGUACAUUACAGAACUGUAAACAUUACUGAUGCCAAAUUAUAGUUAGGUUUCUUUCAUAAAGAGUGUAAUUACACAUAGCCCUUCUGAAUGGAUUAACAAAAAAUAAACCACCUAAAGGUUCACGUUUUCUAGGGCUUGAUAGCCCUAAUCUAGGUUUCUUUUACUUUCAAGCACCUAAAACCAAUAAAACACUGCCAGGUGGGCUUUGCAGCUAAAGAAGGCAGAUGUAGGACACAGAACCCAAUGUGCAAGCACCAGGAUUUCAAUGAAAGUGCGUUUUUACUCUUACAUAGCAGAAAUACUUGUUCUAGAAUAGAACUGUUUUAC